UUGACCGCGACUCAUGCUGUCGCGGGAACACCGGAGGUGGAGCCUCACGUAGCGAGAAGAUGACUCGAAGUUGCUCAGCAGUGGGCUGCAGCACCCGAGACACCGUGCUGAGCCGGGAGCGCGGCCUCUCUUUCCACCAAUUUCCAACUGAUACUAUUCAGCGCUCAAAAUGGAUCAGGGCUGUGAAUCGUAUGGACCCCAGAAGCAAAAAGAUUUGGAUCCCAGGACCAGGUGCUAUGCUAUGUUCCAAACAUUUUCAAGAAAGUGACUUUGAGUCAUAUGGCAUAAGAAGAAAGCUGAAAAAAGGAGCUGUGCCUUCCGUUUCUCUAUACAAGGUUCUCCAAGGUGUACACCUUAAAGGUAAAGCAAGACAGAAAAUCCUCAAACAGCCACUUCCUGAUAAUUCUCAAGAGGUUGCUACUGAAGACCAUAACUACAGUUUAAAGAGACCUCUGCCAGCAGGAGCAGAGAAACUAGCUGAGGUGCAGCAGAUGCUACAAGUGUCCAAAAAAAGACUUGCUUCUGCAAAAAACUACAGGAUGAUCAAGAAGAGAAAGGGCUUACAACUAAUUGAUGCGCUUAUAGAACAGAAGCUACUUACAGAGGAAACAGAAUGUCUGCUUCGAGCACAAUUUUCUGAUUUUAAGUGGGAGUUGUAUAACUGGAGAGAAACAGCUGAGUACUCCGCAGAAAUGAAGCAGUUUGCAUGUACACUCUACUUGUGCAGUAGCAAAGUCUACGAUUAUGUAAGAAAGAUUCUUAAGCUGCCUCAUUCUUCCAUCCUCAGAACAUGGCUGUCCAAAUGCAAACCUGGUCCAGGUUUCAACAGCAACAUUUUUUCUUUUCUUCAGCAAAAAGUAGAGAAUGGAGACCAGCGAUAUCAGUCUUGUUCACUGAUGAUUAAAGGACUGUCUCUCACGCAGCAGCUUCAGUGGGACCCCAGCAGUCACCAUCUGCAAGGGUUUAUGGACUUUGGUCUUGGCACACUUGAUGCUGAUGAAAUGCCACUCGCCUCAGAAACUAUUUUGCUCACGGCAGUGGGUAUUUCUGGUCACUGGAGUACACCUCUUGGUUAUUUUUUUGUAAACAGGGCCUCUGGAUAUUUGCAAGCUCAGCUUCUUCGUCUGACGAUUGGCAAACUAAGUGACAUAGGGAUCACAGUGCUGGCUGUCACGUCAGAUGCCUCAGCUCACAGCGUUCAGAUGGCAAAGGCACUGGGGAUACAUCUCGAUGGAGACAACACGAAGUGUACAUUUCAGCAUCCUUCAUCUUCCAGCCAACAGAUUGCCUACUUCUUUGAUUCUUGCCACUUGCUUAAAUUAAUAAGAAAUGCAUUUCAGAAUUUCCAAAGCAUUCAGUUUAUCAAUGGCACAGCACAUUGGCAGCACCUUGUGGAGUUAGCAGCGCUAGAGGAACAGGAAUUAUCACAUAUGGAGAGAAUCCCAAGAAAACUUGCAAAUCUGAAGAACCACAUACUAAAAACGAAUUGUGCCGCCCAAGUCUUCAGUGAGAGCGUGGUCAGGGCAUUAGAGUGUUUGCUAUCAUUAGGCCUGCCUUCUUUUCAGAACUGUGUUGGUACCAUCCACUUCUUACGCUUAAUUAACAAUCUGUUUGACAUUUUUAAUAGUAGGAACUUUUAUGGAAAGGGAUUUAAAGGACCUCUAUUGCCUGAAACUUUUAAUAAAAUCAACCAUGUGUUAACUGAAGCCAAGACUAUUUUUGUUACAUUAUCUGACACUAGCAAUAAUCAAAUCCUUAAAGGUAAGCGAAAACUGGGAUUCCUGGGAUUUUUGCUUAAUGCCGAGAGCUUAAAAUGGCUCUACCAAAAUUAUGUUUUCCCUAAAGUCAUGCCUUUCCCCUAUCUCCUGAUGUACAAAUUCAGUCAGGAUCAUCUGGAAUUAUUUCUAAAGAUGCUCAGACAGGUAUCAGCAACCACUUCUAACCCUACCUGCAUGGCAUUCCAGAAAGCUUACCAUAAUUUGGAGACGAGACACAGAUUACAAGAUGAGGUCUUUCUAAGUGAAGUAAGCAGCCUUGACAUUUCAAUUGCUCGAAGGACAGACCUGGCCCUCGGGACAGUUCAGCGUGAGUAUGGUGUCAGCGUUAUAGAGAGUCUUUUUUACAAAGAGGAUAUUUGCCCAGACUGGUCUGACUGUUUGCUAAGUGAGGCAUUACUAGACCUGUCAGUUCGUAGGCGAAAUCUCACCUCUUGCGCUGGUUAUAUUGCCAAUAAGUUAUCAGCUCUUUUAACAUGCGAGGACUGCCUCAGUGCGCUGUACGCAUCGGAUCUCAAAGCCUCUAAGAUUGGAUCCCUGUUAUGUGUUAAAAAGGAGAAUGGUGUGCAUUUCCCUUCUGAAAGUUUGUGCCGAGUCAUAAAUACUUGUGAGCGAGUUGUGAGAACCCAUUCAAAACCGACAGUUCAUGAACCACUGCUUCCCAAACAAAGGGAAUGUUACCUUCAACAGAAAAUAUUAUAUGAGCUUUCUGGGCACAUUUAUCUUUUUGUAGAGUUAGAUGAGCAUCUCUUUGAUGGAGAAGUAUAUGCCAUCAAUCACUUUGUAAAGUUACUAAAGAAUAUCAUAAUCUGUUUCUUAAAGAUCAGAGCUAAAGAUAUAACUCAGUACUCCUUAAAACACCACUCAGAAAGAAUUGAAUUGAAAACUUUGUCAAGGAAAUACUGGUCAUCUUCACAGAAUUACAGAUGUUCAAGUUUUGCCAAUACCAAUAAAUUCAGACAUUUGCUAAGGAACAACAGAUACCCAUUCAAAUGA